CAGGAAAAUGGCUACACCACCCAGCUCUCCUCCGCCUUCUACUGGUGCAGCAUCACAGUCGUCAUCUACGUUGAAGCGGACAAGAAAAGCCACAUGUCUAAGAUCAUUGGCGACUAGACCAGUUGGGGCAGAGAGACCUCUGGUCCAUGUGGAUCCUGCGAUCGGGAAAGUCGACAAUCCCUACAGGAAGAAGUUAAGAACAUAUUUGGGGAUCGUCGCUCAUGAUAAGGUAGAUGUCACAUACGAGAAUUGGAAACAAGUCCCUGUUACUCAGAAGGAUUUGAUAUGGGAGGAUAUUCAGAUUGAAUUUGAUAUCCUUAAAGCAUCUGAUCUGAGAACAAAAAAGAAAAUACUUCAGACUGUGGGGGAGCGGUGGAGACAAUUUAAGUCUGAUUUGACAUCCAAAUGGACACUUGCAGCCGACAAGGAAAGUGUCGAUGACACUAUAUACAAAAAGUACGACAUUAGCAAGGAGAAGUGGGCCCAAUUUUGUCAGACCUGCAAAGACCCUUCGUGGGAGACGACACGUGAAGUGGAAGAUGGCCUGCACCAAGAAAACUGGGCAAAUGACGCCUGA